GUCCCCGCCCCUGCUCCAGGUGCGUCUCUCGCUCACCUUCGAGCCCCAGGUGAUUCCGGCCGUGGUUUCCGAGUGUCCCGAGGAGGGGGAGGAGCCUCGGGCUCACCUGGCGCGGGCGCGGCUCUGCUUCACCUGCGCCAAACGCAGCCGCGACAGCUUCGGUUCCGAGCCCUCUCUCCUUCUCCGCUUCCGGGCCGAGCUCGAUCCCGGGAGGCUCCGGAGCCGCGGAAUUUUCGCUUCCGGAACCUUCCAGAACGGGAGCCUCCGGAUGGGGGAGGGGCGGAGCUGCCGGACCCUCGAGAUCUUCUCCAAGGGCUGCCCCCAGGACACGCUGACCCCUCUGACCCUUCGGGUGACCCUCGGUGGUCUCGGGGAGCCUCUGGAAGCGGCCGGAGGGCUCCGGCCACAGCUCGGACCCGACUCGGACACGGCCGUGACGGCCUCGCUCCCGUUCGAGCACGACUGCGGCCCCGAUAAUUCCUGCCAGGACGAGCUCCACGUCGGCCUCAAAUUGGAGGG